CUCAGUGUGAUGGAGGGAGAGGACCCAGAAGGAAAUCCCAGCACUGCCUCAUCCCACUCACUUCCUCCCCAAGCAGAGGCGGUAAGCCCAGCGGAUGAGGAUGAUUGUAUCACAACACGGGGGAACUCUGAAGAGACCGCUGAACACACAAACAGCAUGGGCCAGCCGAGUCAGGACCACCAGAGUGAAGGGGUCCCAGCUAAGACUGCUGCCACAGACAACAACCAGAGUCAGUCCGCCACCACCAUGGACAACCAAGUCCAGCAACAACCCACGGAAAGCCUGUCUAACACUAAACUCUGUGGGUACCUCCUUAAACAAGGAGGUCCCAUGAAGUCGUGGAAGUCGCGCUGGUUCACAUACGAGGAGAAGAAGAGCCAGUUGUUUUACUACAGGAUGGCGCAGGAUGUGACCUCUUUGGGGAAGAUUGAGCUGUGCAGCGCCACGUUUGGAUACCCCCUCCAAGGAGAGCAUGGCACCUUUCACAUCCAGACCCCCGAACGGACCUUCGUCCUCAAGGUAAUGUUUAUUGAAUUUAUAAUAUAUCAGGUGUAUUCAAAUCUGAACCUCGAGGUUGGCAAUUCUGCCUGUUUUAUUUUCUUCCUGGUAGUUAUUGUAUUUAUUAUUAAUGUCAUUGGUUGGCCAGAGAGUCCCUGAGUAGAGGGGAUUCACUUCUGGGGCCAUCACAUGUUCAACCCUGUAUCACCAGGGUUUUUCCUAAAUGUAGAACUUGCUCUGAAUGGGAGUGUCAUCAAUAUUUCUGAAAUGUCAUAGUUUUUUGUGGAGGGAUGGGGAAGACUGCUAAAAGGAUAAAAAAUGAGGCAGUGAAACAGUGGUGCUCUUGUAUCUGAAUAACGGUCACAUGUUAACCCAGUCAUUUGGGUCACACAGCUGUCUAUUCCUCUCAAUAAGAAACCAACAGAUCCUUUUGGUCAGAGAUUAAUCAUAAAAGCUGAAUGGGAAUGCUUAGUAAUUACAAAAUGAAGGCAUCUCUCUUUCUGUUGUAUUGUUUUGUCCAUGUUUGCUAUACAGGAAGACAAAUACAGUGCACUCAUAUUCACACAUUGCAUUUUAAUACUUUAUCUUGAUCCACAAUGGAACAUUCUGAAGUCACGCAUUACAGAUAUUCUGACUCGUGGCACACAUGUACAGUAGGCUAACAAUAUCUCUUCUCUGUCUGUUUCAGGCAGAUAACCAGGAGGCCAUGAUGUACUGGCUACAACAGCUGCAGCUGAAGAGAUGGCAGCACCAAGACCAGAUAACAGGAGAAUCCACACGUCACUGCACUGACCACCAGAGACCAGAGGGACAGGGGGAAUUACCCACCAGCUGCCCAGGUAUAGUAAGACAGGGAGUAGUAGAAUAAAGUGGCCCCAGACACUGCUCAAGAUUAUGUCUGGCAUGACAAUGAUUGACAGAGAAGGCAAAGAAUACCAGCUCAAAUACCACUAUAUACCAUGCAUGGUUUAAUACUUAGUGAAGCAUUAAACAAAUGUGAGAGAAAUGUAAUACUUGAAGUUAGUAUGACAGUGAAAGUGGAAGCCAUCAGACACACAAUCAAGUUAACAACAGUGACAGGUAUGUCAUUGAUUAUGAAACCGGUUGUAACCAGUUGGAUCGUGUUAUCUGAGGAUAUGUUUUGUUUAUAGUUGAUAUCAUACUAAACUGUACUAUGAAUACCUUAGGAGAUGGGUGUCAUAUUCUAUCAAAGGGAGUUUGUCUCAAGUUAUUCCACUCCCUAUUGACACAUGCAAGUUUAGAGGUAAUUUCUAAUAUGUACAAGAUCCUACACACAGAUACAGAACACACCCAAUGAAACAUUGGCAGAUAUCAGAGAUGAAAAACUAAACUAGGCAACAUAUUAAUUUAGUUAAAUUGAACGUUCCCACAUUUUAAACUAAACAUUAGUAAUAACUCACCAAUGUCCAAACAACAAAAAUGUGUGUACAUACUGUGAAUCUUUCAAGUGAAAACAGAUGUCAAUGCACUGGAGUGUGAUGUCAAUAUUUACAACACUCAUCCCUUGGCUACAUAGUCAAUUCAUGAAUCGUCAGCAGUUGACUUUGUCAGCCUAAGCCUCUCCCUGGCUGGUAAGUGGCCUCACUAGGGAUUUCCAAAUUCUCCCACUGAGACCUAGCUUCCUGAAAGCCUGUGGCAGCACACCCACUUCCUUUCAGUGAUUCAGCUAAUCUACUAUGGGUAUCAAGUGUAGCCAGCCAGUCUGAGACAGAACAUUGGGUAAGUCAUUCAUCUUUAACUCUCAAAUAGACUUUCAUACAAACAUUCUGUCAAAAACCAACUAGUUUACAUACAGAAAUGUUAGUAACAAUUUACGUCACUUUAAUUUUACAGUAUUCUUGUUAGAAAUGUGCGACAAGUAUUGUAACUGAUCAUUUUUACACUUGAGGGUUACACUGAGGACACACUGUGUAUUUAGGUAAUAUAAACACUCAGAACAUUCCAGAUAUAAAUACUAUGAGUAGAGCUGACUGCUGAUAUGAUUCCCUAUUCUACAUUACAGACUGUUCUACACUAUAUAUAUUUCUAUAGGAACGUUCUGUAAUGUUGCAGCCUGGUGUUGUUGAGCAGCAUGCAUGAUUGGAGCCAUUCCUGUGUUUAAAAUGCCUGGAGGAUGAACAGACUUGUUCCAUGCUCCUCCGGCAGGCCAGUCAGCUGAUGUCUGGGAAACAACUGGCCUAUUUGGCCUCUAGUGUUUUAGAACAGAGACCUAUGUUUCCAAAUAAUAAGGAAGCUGUCUUUACUGCUCAUUUCCAUCAUGUAAAAUGCAUAUUUUUUUCAUUUCACUUCACCAAUUUGGACUAUUUUGUGUAUGUCCAUUACAUGAAAUCCAAAUAAAACCCCAUUUAAAUUACAGGUUGUAAUGCAACAAAAUAGGAAAAACAGCAAGGGAGAUGAAUACUUUUGCAAGGCACUGUAUGGGCCAAUGACUGGCCCUAGUAGAUUAUAUUUUAUCUGUUGCAAUAGUUUCUAGAAGAAUGUUCAUUCAUUGUCAACAUUCAUGUUUGUACUCUGUAAGCCUAUGUUGUUGUCUUAAACACUGGAAUAUCUUAAGUACAGGACAUUACUAGUAAAGGAAGGGUUGACUUCCCUUUUGGGCCCAAAAUGUAGAUUUUGGGCCCAGGUAGCCUAGCGGUUAAGAGCAUUGGGCCUGUAACCGAAAGGUUGCUGGUUGGAAUCCCCAAGCUGACUAGGUGAAAAAUAUGUUGACGUGCCCUUGAGCAAAGCACUUAACCCUAAUUGCUCCUGUACAUCGCUCAGGAUAAGAGCAUCUGCUAAAUGAAGUAAAAUGUCAAAUGUAUAUUAAGAUAGGGGGUGGGGGACAGCAAGAACAAUUAAAAUCCCUCUGGUAACUAUUCAAACGUUUUUAGGGUCAUGGCAUUUUCAUGAAACGGAUUAAAGGUUAUUUUCACCUACACAGGCCUUUAUCAUUUAAAAUAAAUGAUUAAUCUCUCCAGUGUUUAAUGAUAUGUUGUUAUUAUAUGCCCCAUUGGUGGCCUGCCUGGCCAAGGUUGAGAUUGGUGGGGUGGGGUUCAGGACAGGAAACAAUGUUGAUCAGAUGUGCUUUGAUUUUUCACUGCACCGUCUGCAAAUUGCAGACAAUUGCUUGCUCUUGAUGCGUUCCCGCUUUCGUCUCUGGAGAUUUGAUACCAGUAAACCACUUAUCUACUGUUAGUGAUUUUACACGAAAAGAGAUGCUAAUGUACCUUCAUUCAAUCUAAAUGUGAAGGUAAACUCAGUUGGUUUUUAUCCACUUGGUAUUAGAUAUGACAUGGUAGCAACUACUGUAUUACCCUAUGUUAUUACUCCAUAGCUACGCCACACUUUCUUAACUAGUCAAUGAAAUAAGCACCACCUCUUUUACAAUAGUAUUUCAACAGUAGAAUAUGAAGUAGGAAAAUAAGUCUAAACAGGGCCACAUUCAGUAGGCAAAAGUUUUAUAAUGUUGCAGAUAUGAAUAGAGCUGACAUUCCUUAUUCAGAGAGACAUGUUUGUUCUACGUAAAAUAUUAGUUCCACAAUGUUUGCCUACUGAACGUGUCCCAGGUGAUUCCAGCGUGCCCUGCUCUUUGAUCCCAGGGGAAUCUGUGUAAUGAAUGUUUUGGCUACAGCCCCACUGACAGCUGCAGGAAGUGGUUCUGCAUGGCCCCGAGAGCGAGAGGAAGUGCCCGUCUGACACCGUGCUGAGGCUAGGAGCCUUGGUUAUAGCACAGGGGGGCUGCACUACACAGACUACAGGCUAUUCUGGUCCAAUAAAUCAACACACAUGUUAUUUUGAAGCUUAAACAGCUUUUAUAAGUGAGAUAUUCAACUGUUCAAGUCGUAGCUGUCUUGAAUAUGCAUGAAUGAACAAUGUUAUUGCUAGUUCCAUGUAAUGACUUUUCCCGAUGCCAUUGAGUUUGCUCCUGUUGUAGACACAACCUUUCCUACCAACUGGUUUGUGAAUUGUGAUAUUUCAUGCUUGUCCUGACAUGCCCAGAAUGUUUCACGGAGGAACAGAACAGUAUGUUUUGACUGUAAUACUCCUUUGAAUAUUCCCACGGUCCCAAUUGUAGUUGUAUUCAGCUUGCACAACUUGGUUGCCCAAAAGUAGUUAGGAAUUUCAUCAGUUAAGAUAAAUAUAUGAAUCUCUUGACUUUUCAAUGGGUCUCACCUCAUGGUGUCAUAACUUUCAGUUCAUAGCAGUACAGUAAGAGCAAACAAUUUUACCUGAAGACCAAGUCAACACAAGUCUGGUGGCCAGAUAGUCAUGAUCGUUAUUCUCUGUAUUACAACCCAUGAUAUCACUCUCAUUGUCUUUAGCCGGAAGGUUCCUGCUUGUUACAUGAGUAGCUGUGUCCUUUGUGUGCCCUGGCUCCAGAGGGCUUGAUCCACUGACGUUGUUCUUUCCUUUUACUUCCUGUAACGUAGAUUACUUCCUGCCAACGAUGAAGACCCCGCCAGGCCUCUUGGGCGAGGAGGCCGCCAAUCUGCCUGCGCCGGUACAACGGGCCCCCCUAAGCAACUUCUCCCUCAAACACCCUCUGAUAGAGAUUCAGUAGGUGAUUUUUCCCAUCUUUUCCCAUUCAUUUGGGAUUGAGGCAUAUGGCUGGACCUGUACAACAGAUGGUAUAGGAUACUAGGGCUGGGAAUUGCCAGGUACCACACAAUAUGAUAUUAUCAUGAUACUUAGGUGCCGAUACGAUAUGUAUUGCGAUUCUCACGAUUCUAUAUGUAUUGCGAUUCGAUACUGUGAUGUUAUUGCGAUUCGAUGUUCCAAACAUAUUGCUCACAAUAUGUCUGCUGCAGAGAGACGAGAGAGCAUAAGAAAACAAGUUUUGAUCAGUCAUGGAAAUAAAAGUGCUGAAAACAAAAUGGCUUCCUAUUUAAAAGAAGAUGGAGCACAAGCUAUGAAGGAAACAUACUGGAGUUUUGGUGCAGGUACAGCCAACUAGCGCAAAAGUAACAUUGUUAUAUUGUCAAAAUAAUAUGAUACGUCAUAUCUUCAAAAAUAAUAUCCCGAUAUGUAACUGUAUAGAUUUUUUCCCCAUCACUUUAGGAUACGUUGGAGUAGUUGACAUUGGGCUUGAUAUUCAUCUACAUUGUUGAUUGUAGACAUUAUAACUGUUUGUGGCUAUGUGACUACAGGUGCCUGUGCUAUGCCAAUCUGCUAACAUGCCAAGAUUGACUUCAUAGUGAAAGUGACUUUGAGAUGUAUUUUUUUUGGCUUGUACCUUAAUCGCUAAUUGCUUCAUAAUAAAUGGAUCGUUCUAGUAGUAGGUUUACACUCAGGCUGGCACUUGAGGGUGGAUGUGUUGGCGUGCAUGCUUACGUUUGUGUGUGUUCUCACACGUGUGUGUUGCUCCUACAGGAACUCAAUGCACAGUCUCUUUUACAAGCGGUCCUCCCAGGAACUGAGUCGGAGUGUGUUCCAUUUGGAGGCGCCUCCUCCCUGGACCCCACCAAAUCCCUCAAAGACCCCCUCCCAGACAGCCCAGGACAGGCUUGGUACGUCCCACACACACCCCAGCUUCUGGAGAUGUUCUCCAAUACACUGGUGUUCUACACUGGUGGCAUCCUUCUGCCCUCUGUUGGCAGCUGAUUGAAAUCAUACAGAAGGAUCAGGUUUUCUCAUUGUCUGAUAGCAUAAUGCCGUCAUUGCUCUAGUAACAUUGUCAUUUUUUCUCGUCUAAACAAAGAUACAUUUUAUUUGACACAUUAGUAAUAUGUCACAGUCCAGAAUAACCACAGAGCCAUAGCCAACCUCCUCUAACCUCCAUGCCCUCCUACAGGCCCUAGGACUCCCGUUGACCCCCCGACCCCUACCACACCGCUGCUGUUGGCGGACCACUCGGGCGAGUGCUCCCCUGGGGAGGGCAGGUUGUUCCCAUGCCCAUCCCCGAAGAGCAGAGGGAAGACGAGGGGAAGCUCUGCCACCAUGCCCACUGUGCUACGGGAAGCUGCUACAGACAAGACGACCCGCCUCCAGCAGGAGAAACACAUGCUGGCUGAGGAGGUCAAGGCCCAGAAGGUUAGAGCUAAGAUCAAAGCCGUGCCAGAUCUAAUAAACCUCCAAUAUCUUACGAACAAUGUUGUUUUCCACCCUGCCCUUAUUAUCUGACGUCUAGAAUAUGGUGUAUGAUUGAUUUGAUAGGCCUACAAAUAUCUUGAAAUUCAAUGUAUUCCUUCUCAUUUGAAUCUGUGCCAGACUAGAUGGACUAACCUCACUAUUCACCUCUUGCUUUCCCACCCUGCCCCUGGCUCUACCCUAUCCCCUUCCUCCUCCCGUUCCCCCUUCCAGGAGCUGGUGUGGCUUCUCCACAAGGCCCUGGAGGCGGCUCAGCUAGAGAAGCGGACCUGCACCGAGUUCCUGGCAGCCGAGUGCGAGCAGGAGCGUCUGGAGCUGUUGAGGCACCGCGAGCGCCACGCCGCUGACCUGCAGUGUCGUCUGGAGGAGCUGAAGGCCAAGGAGGAGGGCCUGAGGAAGAGCUUGGCCCAAAGGGACGCCCACGUGGCCGAGCUGCAGGAAAACGUCACCCUGAUGAUGGCGAAGAACCACGCCAAACAGGAGGUGAAGCCCAUAUUAAGGGGUCUAGGCCCGUAUUCACAAAGAGUCUCAUAGGAGUGCUGAUACAGGAUCAGUUUAGUCUUAUAGAGCACAAUGAUUAUGAUGACAGUGGGGACCUAAUCCUAGAUCAGCACUCCCACUCUGAGAUGCCUUUUGAAUAUGGGCCUGAGUUCUAUUUGGCUCCAAGUGUAUACACUUCAUGAUAUGAUAAUAUAUGGCAUCACUGCCUAAUAAUACAAUCCUUUCUGAUGUGAUCCCAGGUGAUCCUGAAGCUGUCAGAGCAGGUGGCAGCCUGCAUGACCGACCCUAGACGCACCGUGUCCACCACCAAUGGCCUGGAGGUCCAGACCUUCCACCAGCUGCAGGAGGACACUGAGAACCUCAAGGUUGGUUUGUGGUUGGUAGGUAGUAGGUCAGUCCAACACCAGAGAUGGAAUCAAGACCGAAGCCCAGCCUCAAGACUAAGACCAGGAGAUUUAUUUAUAAACGUUGCAUACGUACAAAAUAUGCCCCAAAACAUGCGUGCGCCAGUUUUCACGUAUAAGUUGGCAUUUAUAAAAACGGAACUUGAUGUGAAAAUGUGCUUAUCCUCCCGCAAGCUUUAGACCAUGCGUACACAGUUUCCAGUGGUUGAAGUAUUGCAUUGCAAGAAGGCAACGUAGCCUAGUAGCCUUGUGCAAAUGGGGAAUAUAUACUGAAUAUACAAAACAUAUGUCUUUCCAUGACAUACACUGACCAGGUGAAUCCAGGUGAAAGCUAUGAUCCCUUAUUGAUGUCACUUGUUAAAUCCAUUUCAGUGUAGAUGACAGGGGAAAUGAUUUUUAAGCCUUGAGACAAUUGAGACAUGGAUUGUGUAUAUAUGCCAUUCUGAGGGUGAAUGGGCAAGACAAAAUAUUUAAGUGCCUAACAGGGUAUGGUAGUAGAUGCCAGGUCCACCGGUUUGUGUCAAGAAUUGCAACGCUGCUGGGUUUUUUCCUGAUCAACAGUUUCCCGUGUGUAUCAAGAAAGGUCCACCACCCAAAGGAUAUCCAGCCAACUUGACACAACUGUGGGAAGCAUUGGCGUCAAUAUGGUGACUUAUUCAUAGCAAAAAAAAACAGGUAGCUAAAUAUAAUAACAAGAUGCAAUCAUUAUCUUUGCAUUCUAAAAUAAUUGGAAAGCUAUUUCCGAAUAUUUAAUUUCCAUGAUCAUUGCAUAAUAAAUUCCUCACCUUUUCUGACUGUCAUAGUUUCAUACCAUCAUACAAUUUAGGAUAGGCUACCGUUCGUCCCAUCUCUCAUUUAAUUGGACCAACUUCAUUAGUAAAUUGAUCAGCUACUGGUAUUUAAAGUAUUUUGCUCUAUGCGAUCAUAUCCGAAGCGCAGUGUCACGGUAGAACAGACGGUUCACCUUUUCCAUUGACGUUUGUAGGCUACGUCUGAAUACUGUAAUAUCACAUUUCUCGAGUAGCCUAGACAAUAUUUCAUUUAGAAACAUAAUACAUAUAUCAUAACUAUUGCACCUUUUCUGACCAUGAUGAGUUCAUAUUCCCAAAGUAGCCAUACAACAAAUUACCUUGCGCAUCUCUCAUUGAAUUGGGCCUAUUAGAUAGGCUAUUAGAAUGUAAGUUGUUGCUCUAUGCAUCCAAAAGGGAGCGCGGUUUAUAACAUACAGGUGAACAGACAGUUGAUAUUUGGCAUUGAAGUGUCUCGGCUACCACUGGUAUAGCCGACUGUAGUUUACUUUUUUUUCUUUCUUUUUUUGAAUAGACAACGUUUCAGAAUUUUCAGGCAGUGUAGCAUAUUUAGGUUCAGGAGAAAGUAAAUGCAAAACACUAUUGAAUUCAAACGAUCUGUUACAGGUCCGCAACAAUUUGCAAUUGUUUUUGUGUUUCAGAAACGGACAAAUGUCACUGCAAAAGAAAACAACAUUCUGCCAACACCUCCAAAGACAUUUGAUCAAGUUCGCUAUUGAUAUUUGAUUUAGAUAUACCGGUACUGUGUAAAUACAGUGCAAUGAAAAAGUAUUUGCCCCCUUUCUAUUUUUCUCAACUUUUGCAUAUUUGUGAUACUGAAUGUUAUCAGAUCUUCAACCAAAACCUAAUAUUAGAUAAAGAGAACAUAAGUGAACAAAUAACACAACAAUUACAUAUUUAUUUCAUAAACAAAGCUAUGCAACACCCAAUUCCCCUGUGUGAAAAAGUAAUUGCCCCCUUACACUCAAUAACUGGUUGUGCCACCUUUAGCUGCAAUGACUCCAACCAAAUGCUUCCUGUAGUUGUUGAUCAGUCUCUCACGUCGCUGUGGAUGAAUUUUGGCCCACUCUUCCAUGCAGAACUGCUUUAACUCAGUGACGUGUGGGUUUUCAAGCAUGAACUGCUCGUUUCAAGUCCUGCCACAACAUCUCAAUUGGGAUUAGGUCUGGACUUUGACUAGGCCAUUCCAAAACAUCCAAUUUGUUGCUUUUGACUUGAUUGUGUGUUUUGGAUCAUUGCCUUGCUGCAUGACCCAGCUGCGCUUCAGCUUCAGCUCCAGCUCACAGACGGAUGGUCCGACAUUCUCCUGUAGAAUUCUCUGAUACAGAGCAGAAUUAAUGGUUCCUUAUAUUAAGGCAAGUCGUCCAGGUCCUGAGGCAGCAAAGCAUCCCCAAACCAUCACACCACCACCACCAUGCUUGACAUUUACAUUACAUUUUAGUCAUUUAGCAGACGCUCUUAUCCAGAGCGACUUACAGUUAGUGAAUGCAUACAUGUAUUAUUAUAUAUAUUUAUUUUUUCAUACUGGCCCCCCGUGGGAAACGAACCCACAUCCCUGCCGGCCAAACCCUCCCCUACCUUGGACGACACUGGACCAAUUGUGCACCGCCCAUGGGUCUCCCGGUCGCGGCCAGCUCUAGUGGCACAGCUAGCACUGCGAUGCAGUGCCUUAGACCACUGCGCCACUCUUGACCUUUGGUAUGAUGUUCUUACUGUGGAAUGCAGUGUUUGGUUUUCGCCAGGCAUAAUGGGACCCAUCUCGUCCAUAAAGUUGACUCAAGUUUACCAAAAAGCACCUGGAUGAUCAUCAAGACUCUUGGAAGAACGUUCUAUGGACAGAUGAUUCAAAAGUAUAACUUUUUGGACGACAUGGUUCCAGUAAUGCCUGGCGAAAACCAAACUCUGCAUUCCACAGUAAGAACAUCAUACCAAAGGUCAAGCAUGGUGGUGGUGGUGUGAUGGUUUGGGGAUGCUUUGCUGCCUCGACCUGGACGACUUGCCUUAAUAGAAGGAACCAUUAAUUCUGCUCUGUAUCAGAGAAUUCUACAGGAGAAUGUCGGACCAUCCGUCUGUGAGCUGGAGCUGAAGCUGAAGCGCAGCUGGGUCAUGCAGCAAGGCAAUGAUCCAAAACACACAAUCAAGUCUACAUGAAAAUUGCUAUAAAGCAACAAAUUUGAAGUUUUGGAAUGGCCUAGUCCAGACCUAAUCCCAAUUGAGAUGUUGUGGCAGGACUUGAAACUAGCAGUUCAUGCUUGAAAACCCACACGUGAAUGAGUUAAAGCAGUUCUGCAUGGAAGAGUGGGCCAAAAUUCCUCCACAGCGACGUGAGAGACUGAUCAACAACUACAGGAAGCAUUUGGUUGGAGUCAUUGCAGCUAAAGGUGGCACAACCAGUUAUUGAGUGUAAGGGGGCAAUUACUUUUUCACACAGGGGAAUUGGGUGUUGCAUAACUUUGUUUAUGAAAUAAAUAUGUAAUUGUUGUGUUAUUUGUUCACUUAUGUUCCCUUUAUCUAAUAUUAGGUUUUGGUUGAAGAUCUGAUAACAUUCAGUAUCACAAAUAUGCAAAAGUAGAGAAAUUAGAAAGGGGGCAAAUACUUUUUCAUAGCACUGUAAUGCUCGUUCAUGCGCGCACAGUUUUACGACAGGUCUGAUUUAUAACGAGAAACAUGCGUAUGUAUGGCGUGCGCCAAUUUUAGAAAUCUCUAUUUUUGUGCGUGGCAGUCUUUUCAAAAAUAUCACACGCAGAUAUUUUAAUGUCAAAUUUACGCAAUGGUUAUAAAUGAGGCCCCAGAACCAUAGAGUCUUUUGAAGUAGAUUUUAGAUAUAUAUAUUCUCUGGUCAAAAAAGUAUUUGUAGUACAAAUAUGAAGCAUAUUUAUUUGUUUCUUUAAAUGGCCCUCACUCUGCCCUUCCAUGCACUAUUAAUACUUUUCUCACACAGGAUGACAUUGAGGCCUACAAGAUCCAGAACAAGUUUCUGAACUCUGAGAUCUACCAGCUGACCAAGCUAUGGCGCAACAGUUCAGAGCAGGAGAAAAGCCUUAUGGUGAAGGUGGGUCUGCCUAGUGACUAUGGGUGAUAUUCAGUGCCAAAUACAUCUGCAUGUGCUGUCCAGGUUGGAGUGGGUUGUGGUGAAGUGAAGCACUGAAGGCCACUACAGUUGAUUGAAUUGGGACCUCAGUCUUGGUCUUUUAGGGUGUGCUUAUUUUGUGUUGCAGUGUGCCUACCUGGAGGCCCGUAACUGUCAGAUAGAGAGUCAUUACCUGGGUGUACUGAGGAAGCUGCAGGAGAGCAAGGCUCUAGAACCGGGCCAGCAUGAGGCUGUGAGGAACCUCAUAGAGGACGCACUACAGGGAGACCUGAACGACAUCCUCAAACUCAACCCUGUCAGGUAACGGACCGUGGAUCAAUACUCUGAACUGGCUUCCUUUCCUUGUCUUCUUGUCUCCUCUGCUUCACUACACUGAUAGAUGACAGGACCAACUUUUUUAUUUAAUUUUUAUUAUUUAUUUAUACAUGUGUUCCUUUUUUAAGAUUUACAACAGUCACUUUCUCAAGGGGGACACUUGUUAUAAACACAUUAAAUCACCAAUUCAGUCACACAAUUAACAAAAAUUAGAUUACCAUCAAAAGUCAAUGAAUGUUCAAAUGAUCUACAAACCGUGAAUGAACAUUGAUCUCCAUUCCUUAGGGAGCACGACGAGUACGGCUUCAAGAUCAUUCCGGACUACGAGGUGGAGGACAUGAAGCUGCUGGCCAAGAUCCAAGACCUGGAGAUCCGCUCCCACAAUCUGCUGAGGCAGGAGGCCGGGGUCAGACCCCUGUUGGACCGCUGGGCUCAGUAUCUGGGCGGCCGCCUGGCCGACGACCUCUACCCCUCCCAGGAGCUCAAAUUCCUGCUGCGGUGUGGCGUGCCGCGGGAGUACCGCCCGCAGGUGUGGCGCUGGGUGGUGAGGGCCCGCACACGCUCGCUGAGGGAGCGCCACCCGGAUCGCUAUGAGCAGGUGGGUGGUAGGGUGGUAGUAGAUCAGGCAAAUUCACUUCCUUACAAUGCAUCUCUCAAUUUCAUAAUCUUUCUCCAUCUGUCCAUCCAUCUUUCCGUACAUCUACAUGAAAUCCAUCCAUUACUGUUUCAGCUGUGCCAGAAGAGCCUUACGUCUCCCCACCAGGCCUCCAGACAGAUCCAGUUGGACCUGCACCGCACGCUAACCACCAAUCAGCGCUUUUCCUCACCCUCCAGCCCCGCCCUGCAGCAGCUACAACGAAUUCUGCUAGCCUUCUCCUGGCAAAACCCCACCAUCGGCUACUGUCAGGGCCUCAACAGGUACAAGACUCCCUUUAUCAGUCAGCAGUGUGCUCAAUAAAAUAUUAAAUAUAGAGAAAUACUGCCACCUAAUGGGCAAAGCUGUAAACUGAUAUAAAGUGCAGACUCCAAAACAAUAUCUACACAAUGUUCUCAGUUUAGGGAAGACUGAUGAGUUUUUUUGUGAAAAUCUAUGAUUAGUCUAAAAACAUGCAUUUUCCUCGAUCUGGCUACUCAGACUAGGCUGUAAAUAUACCAUACAAGCUUUCACAGACUUCAAAACAAUCUCUACAGUAUAUCUAAGGACAACUAUGACAUUGGCCACUCUCUUUCCCUUCAGGCUGGCAGCCAUAGCUCUCCUGGUGCUGGAGAGUGAGGAGGAUGCCUUCUGGUGUCUAGUAGCUGUGGUGGAGGUCAUCAUGCCCCACGACUACUACACCAAAACACUCAUAGCCUCGCAGGUAAUGAUCCGGCUCGAAGGAGCAAAAUAUGUGAUUUUAAACAACUGUAUAGAUGCAUAAAAUAAUUAUCUACAGUUCUCUGUAAUAAAAAUACGGGAAGUGGUGUUUUAAGUGGGAUUUAAUCCGUUUUAGUUCUGCAGCUGUUCCAAAACAUGGAACUGAAACUGAAAUAGCGCAUACAUUUCAUGAACAACGUAAUGAAUUCAAGAUUUCUCAUAUCAUGCCAAUAUCUGUUAAUGUCAUCUGCUGAUGUGACAUGGUGUAUGUGUGGAUGUUGCAGGUGGACCAGCGUGUGCUGAAGGACUUCAUGGCGGAGAAAAUGCCCCGGCUGACUGCCCACUUUGAGGAGCAUAGUGUGGACGUGUCCCUCAUCACCUUCAACUGGUUCCUGGUGGUGUUCGUGGAGAGCCUGCCCAGCGACAUCCUCCUGCGGGUGUGGGACGCCUUCCUCUACGAGGGCACCAAGGUACCGCGCUUAAGUGAGACUAGUGCCUGGGCCGAAAGCAAAACAGAAACUCCUAGCUCAUGGGUAUUCAAAUGUGGGUCCUGUCUGCAGGAUGACUGGUUGUUAACUGAUUGAUAAAUGUUAUCGAUUGCCCAGUCUACCCACCUGGUAUAAUAUUUUUUUUGCAGCAGCAGUUCUAAUGUAAACGUGCAUGCAUGUUUUUGAUGCAGGUGAUAUUUCGGUAUGCCCUGGCUCUGUUCAAGUACAAAGAGGAGGAGAUCUUGAACAUUCAUGACAACGUGGAGAUCUACCAAUACCUGCGCUUCUUCACCAAGACCAUCUCUGAUGGCAGGUGAGAGGUCAUCUAAGAUCAAAUUAUGGAGGCUGUGUUAUGAAGAAAAUGGCACUAUAUUAGAUCUGUGUUUCUGUAGUGGGAUAGGAACCACUAUAGCAGAGGUCUUAAACUCCUGGAUGGCUGGUGUGCAUGUUUUUGUUACAGCCCAGCACUUACAUACCUGAUUCACCCCUAAGUGGUUUGUGAACAAUUCCACUAAAUCACAUUUAGCUUGUCCUUUGUAACCUGUUCAAUUGUUGUAUUAUCUAUAUGGUUUGUGCUUUUUGUCCUGUACCUACUUAGCCCAUUCUUUUUCUGCUGCCCUAUUUAGUCGGUGUGUUGCUGGCAGAGCAGAUGGAGGAGCUAUUUUUGCUGUAGACCGAGACAGAUGCUCUCUCACCAUAUAGAAGUCAGAUAGCUCUGUUGUCGCUGCUGCUAUGGGCUCAACACAUGGGAGAAAAGGAGGCUAUACAGCCAGAGGAGUGCAUUGAGGGCAGCAUUCACAGCACUCUGUUUUGUAUCUCCAAACAAAGAGCAGAUGAGAUACAUGCACCACUAUCUCAGGAACUCCUGUCCAAUGCAUGCAAGUAAAACAGAUGUGUGAGAGAGGGCUAAAUCUGGUGUUGGGGCCAUACAGCUUAUGGAGUAUUUUGUGACUAUGCUGCCUGCACAGAGUUCAAUUCUGUGGUUUUUCGGUUUGGAAAUCAACAGGCUGAGUAAUAUUGGGCUUGUUUCUAUGUCUUGCCUUACUCUGUUCCGUCCAACAGGAAGCUGACCAACAUCGCCUUCAGCGACAUGAACCCGUUCCCCAUGAAGCUGUUGAGGAACCGGCGUGCACUGCAUCUGGAGUGCCUGCAGGGGGAGCUCAGAGAGCUGGAGGCCCAGCAGAGGGAGUUUGUCACCGAGAGCGCCGAGCGUAAGGACAAGGACCUGGACACUAUACUGGUCAGCGAGGACGAUGAGGAGCUGUAGUUAGGGGACGGUCAGAGACUCUGGACAGAGGGGUGGAUCCUGUGGAACUAAUGGAUCUAAUGGAUUGGAGUUGUAGACUAUACAGCCAUCUGGUGAAGAAUGGCCCCGCUGGUACAGAUAUGACCCACCCAAAGCUCUGGUCCAAGAUCUAUUUCUUACUGUAUGUUAGUCUAUUUGUAAUGUAUUUUUAAAAGGUAAAUAGUACCGGAGUUGUGGUCAAGAACACUAUACCUGACCAACCACAUUCUCUCUAGAUCAUCUAAUAUAAUAGUUUACAUGCACUGCCAUAGGAAUGAAUGCAAAAGACACAAUUUACACAUAUUUGCACACUUCAUUUAACUACAGUAGGUAUUUCAUCGAUCAUAUGUCAUGUAGAUUUUUAUUUAACAUGUUUCACUCACUUGCCAAAAUGCACACUCCAGAUUUUGGGUUAAAGCAUAUUUUGUCCAAAUGCACGUUACUUGUGUAUUACUGCUUUGCAUUUAAUUUACUUUUCCUUUCAUUUGUGUGUAUCAUAUGUACCAUAACACAAUGUGAACUUCAUGUAGGUAUGUAUAAUGUAGCAGUGGAGGCUGCUGAGG